CACACUGAAUACAAGCUAGGCUAACGACAAAUGCGGUUACCGACAGAUUGGAUCACAUUCGUAAGCAGACCCAGUUUGUCGUGUUAUGAUGUGACAGAUUUGGUCAAUUUAAUUUUCAACUCUGCACCACCCCACAAAGUAGAAGAUUUCUUCUCUGUGAGCAGACCCAGUUAAUCGUGUUAUAAGACGACAGAUGCGGUCGAAAAAAUGUCCCACUUUGUCGUCCACCCAGUUUGGCCCUAUAACGUUUGUCGUCGACCCACUUUCCAGGUGACGUGGUGAGAGGUGAUAAAGUUGUUUUGUUAACCUUAAAAUGAUUAGUGAAUCGUGGUGUUUAUUUUCAUUAUUUUAUUUAUUAGUAACUGUAUGUUUUGUUUUUCGGACUAAAGAGUUUGUUUCUGCUGGAGUAACCGUUGAGAGUUUACUUGGUUCAUGGAUUACAAGUGAACAUGAAAAUUUUAUUCUCCAUCAUAUUCAACGGACUUCAUUAACGUUACUGGUUCAUUCACUUUUACCUUUAGUUUAUGUGAGUACGCUGCUAUUUUUGAUUGACGAUACUCCACCGUGGCUGUUCACAAGUACUUAUCUAGGUUUGACAUUUGCUGCUCUAUCCAUAAUUACACCUACAGUGGUGUUGACUUUGCUCUAUAGUUGGACAAAAGAUGGAUAUUCCAAUCAUCCAAUUGCUCGAAAGAUGUCAGUGUUUUGUGAUACUGUAACUUCCUGGAGAACUCUCUCCAGUGAUAUCAAUGCAGAAUUUAAAAGGGUUGACAAGAUAAAUUUACAGUGCAGUUCCAUUAAUAAAGUGAUAGCGACCGACAAUUGGAUUAUAAAAACUGGUCCCUACACACUAUGGCUGGCUCACCAGAGUGAUUCCGUUUUGAUAUUAGUGAGUGCUGAUACUCAUGACGUGUCAGUUAGCGGAACAGCUAAUAAUGGAACUGUGCAAUAUCUGAGUAUUGAAGUCAAAACAACUCGACGCAAUGCUGAAAACUUCUUUAUAAGAUGUAAUGCACUCGACUUCAAGGACCUGGAAGAAAAAAUUCGUCGGCCGAUUACCAUUUUACCAGAUGUGACAUUCCAUCGAUCUAGAACUGACCUUUUCUUGGAAGUUUUCAGAAACGCUGUUGCCCAAAAUAGAACUACUACUUCAUCACAGGAGCUGGAAAUGUGCAUUGGUUGUAUGAUUGUGCAGUCAAAUGUGAAAUUGGUGAAGCAUUGCGAAGACACGACUUCCACUGAUCGUUCCUGCACUACUUGCUAUUGCCGGCCACUUUGGUGCAUUGACUGCAUGGGCAAAUGGUGGGUAUCAAGACAAGAACAAGAUCAACCAGAAACAUGGCUGUCCUCGAAAUGUACGUGUCCAGUUUGUAGGAGUGUUUUCUGCAUGCAAGAUAUUUGUCCCGUUGUCUUCACGAACUCUUAAUGAAUUCAAAGCAGAUUUCAAACUGCUUUAGGCAUUAACUUGUGUAACUUAGCAAAAUAUGCAUAAAAAACUAUUUUUUAUUUUAGUGAAUGAUAUGUCAAGUGACGCCCGAUAAGAAAAUAGAAUGUACAAACACGUACAAUGAGUUUUUUGAAGAAAUUAUACGUUUAUUUAGGACAAAAUGAAUGUCUCUUAAGUGAUCGUACAAGUACACGAAUACGUAAGAAGACGGAAGUAUUUGUAUGAAUAUUUAUUGUACUAAUACAUUAUAAAAUAAUAAUGAUUAAUUUUUCUACUAAAAUUGUGCAAGUCACUAGCCUAGUUGUAUAUUUUAUAAUAAACAGUCUCACAAGUUGUACAGUCAUUGUUAGAAGAUGCAGUUGAAAAAAUAUUAAUUCACUUACGGUACGCUGGUAUCAAUCAAUCAUUUUAUUCAGUAAAAUGCAUUAAAAAAUUGGUCCCGCUAAACCUAAAAGAUUGUAUUAUAAUAUGUUAUUUAAUUCGAUUUUUCUGGCUUUAUCAAAUAAACGAUUCUAUGUAUUUUUCA